CAAAAGCUCGGGGAGCGCGCGCGCGGGGCCUGCGGCGGCCGGCGGCCGGAACCUUAGUGGCGUUCGCCUGGCCCGCGCAGCAAUGGCGUGGAAGUGGCGCUUCUUUCUGCUUCUCGGGCCGCUGCUGCUGGGUCCAGGCCUCGCGCGCCGCUGCGGCCCCCUGCCCCUGGUCCUCAACACCUGGCCUUUUCAGAAUGCAACUGAAGCAGCGUGGGGGACAUUAGUGGCUGGAGGCUCCGCGCUGGACGCAGUGGAAAGCGGCUGUGCAGCCUGUGAGCGGGAGCAGUGUGACAACACCGUGGGCUUCGGUGGAAGUCCUGACGAGUCUGGAGAAACCACACUGGAUGCCAUGAUCAUGGAUGGCACUACGAUGAACGUAGGAGCAGUAGGAGCUCUUAGACGAAUUAAAAACGCAAUUGGUGUGGCACGGAAAGUGCUGGAACAUACGGCACACACGCUUUUAGUAGGAGACUCAGCCACCAAGUUUGCCAAAAGUAUGGGGUUUAUCAGUGAGGAUUUAUCUACCAAUGCUUCUCGAGCUCUUCAUGCAGAUUGGCUUGCUCAGAAUUGCCAGCCUAAUUAUUGGAGGAAUGUUAUACCAGAUGCUUCGAAAUACUGUGGACCCUACAAACCACCUAGUAUCUUAAAGCAAGAUCGUAGUACCUAUAGAGAAACAGGAAAUAAUUAUGGUCAUGAUACUAUUGGCAUGGUUGUAAUCCAUAAGAUGGGAUAUACUGCUGCUGGUACAUCUACAAAUGGUCUAAAAUUCAAAAUACCUGGUCGAGUAGGAGAUUCGCCGAUCCCUGGAGCUGGGGCCUAUGCUGAAGAUGCAGUGGGAGCAGCCGCGGCCACGGGCAAUGGUGACAUAAUGAUGCGCUUUCUGCCAAGCUACCAAGCUGUAGAAUAUAUGAGAGGAGGGGAAGACCCAGCUGUAGCAUGCCAGAAGGUGGUUUCAAGAAUUCGCAAGUAUUUUCCAAACUUCUUUGGGGCUGUUAUAUGUGCCAACGUGACGGGAAGUUAUGGUGCUGCCUGCAAUAAACUUCCAACAUUUACUCAGUUCAGAUUCAUGGUUUAUAAUCCUCUAACCAAUCGACCAACUGAGGAAAAAGUAGACUGCAUCUAAUCCAUCUUUGUUGACAGCAUCUAUAUUUAAAGAAAGAGACAAAGGCUGGAAAGGUUACACGCUAAAUUCACCUGCAGGGUGCCUCGUGUCUUCCGAGUUCUUUGUGUAAAAGAAGCACAAAAAUAAAUUUAUGUUGAAGUAG